AUGGCGAACAUCUUAGGAAGUAGGUCGUCCCACAACUUGCCUUACAACACGUACUUCGGGGGCGCGUGUCUGAUGACGGAGGGCCACAUCAGGAAGGUGAACGGCUGGAGCAACAUAUACUGGGGCUGGGGAGCUGAGGACGACGACAUGUGGCGACGCAUCGCCUUCGCUGACAUGGCCGUCUGGAGGUACCCGCCGCACUACGCUCGCUACAAGAUGAUCAAACACAAGUCUCAAGUCGUUAAUCAAAACAGGUACAAGAUGCUGGAACGCAAUACUGGAAGGUUUAUAAUAGAUGGCCUCAACAGCCUCAACUACACAGUGAAAGCGACCACGAGGUACCCUCUCUACACCCACAUCCUGGCAGACAUCGGCUCCAGCAAUGAGAACAGGGACAGUAACCCAGCUGUCGGCAGCAGCAAAUCACGUCGUUCUUGACGUAGAGAAACGGACUGAGAACUGGAGAAUGAAGGUGAACAGUUAUCAAGAGAUUACGACUCAUUUUCUUCAGACUCCAACUUUAUCAUAUUCAUUCUAAGACAGUGAACUGUUGUGUCUGGUAAUGUGUUUAUUAAUAAGAACACUGCUUAAAGUGUUAUAGAACAUAAUAAUAAAACAAUUCUUAUGAUAGCAUAUUUGCCAUCUGAUAGCUGGUCAUGUUUUGAUUUCUGUUUCAACAUGUAUUUAUUGCCUUGUUUUAUUGUACAAAAAAAUUAAGCCCUUUAAGUUUAAGUUUUAUUUUGGGCACAGAUAUGUCUUGAAAUCACUUCAAGAUGCCUGGGGCCGCAUGAACAUCAAUGGUGCGUCAAGAUUGAAUGGUAUCCAAGCUAACAUGCAUCCGAAAACUCUUGACCCCGGAAUCAGGGGUCAAGAGAUUGACCGGACUUACCGGAUUGGAACCUGGUAAGCCAGGGCCUCCAUGCCCCUUGGCAUGUCCAGUUCUAGAGAUAUCUGUGCCCAAAAUAGUCACGAGCGCUGUAGUGCACUGGGGUUAAAAGUCAAGUAACUUCCCAAUACAUUUGUUCAUGUGGGGAAAACUGACUCAUGGGAUUUUAUUAUUUAUUUUAAUUACAAUUAUUAAUUUAUUUAUUUAAUUAUUUAUAACUUAAUUAUAAUUUAGUUAUUAAUUUAUUUCAAUAGCAGACUGUAAAAUUCAAAAGUGGACUGUAUGAUUCAAAAGUGGACUGUAUGAUU